AUGGCCAAAGUCACAGCUGCGACGCCACCGGCUGCUGCGCCGCUCAAGGUGCGCUUCUGCGAGCCCGUGCUGGGUCUGCCGCCGCUGUUUCCACGCGACCAGCAGCAAAACGGGGCUGGGGAGAAGAAGCAGCAGCAGCAGCAGCAGCAGCAGAAGCAGAAGCAAAUGGCUCAUACGCCAUUGCCACCUGUUCCGGAAGCGACCAGUGAAGGGCCCGCAGAGGCUGGUCCAAGCGAGCCGCCGAAAAAGCGUCUGCGGCCUAGGACUAAGAUUCAGCGCAAGACGGCCGCUGAAUCGGCGGCGGCGGCAGGGGCGGCAGCAACUGCAGGGCACUCGACCGCUCCGGCCAAGAGGAGGCGGAAGCCGCGCGUAAAGCCGAAGCAGGAGACUCCUGUGCCGCUUCCCGUGCCUGGCGGGGUUACCACGGCGAGCUCGUCUGCCGCAGCUGCUGGCAAGCCCGACGAGCAGCAGGGUGCGUCCAAGCCGUGA